AUGGGUGUCGGCCGGAGGACGCCGGUCCCCCUCUGGGUCCUGGCUCUGGCCCUGGCCUGUGCCCAGCACACAGGCCUGGCCCAGCUCGGCUCCGCGGACCUUGGCCACCCGGACCUCCCUCCCGCGCCCCCCAGACCUGGCGGCGACCCUGUGCGCGGGGCGACCCUCCUCCCGCCUCUGAGGACCGUGCCCGUGGUGCGAGCCCUGAACCCCGCGCACCACGGCCGGGUGUGCAGCGCCUGGGGCGACUUCCACUACAAGACCUUCGACGGCGACGUCUUCCGCUUCCCCGGCCGCUGCAACUACGUGUUCUCCGCGCACUGCGGGGCCGCCUACGAGGACUUCAACGUGCAGCUGCGCCGCGGCCGGGACGGCGCUGCCUCCCUGAGCGGGGUCACCCUGAAGCUGGACGGCGUGGUCGUGCAGCUGACCAAGACCUCCGUGCUGGUCAACGGCAGCCCAGUCCAGCUGCCCUUCAGCCAGUCGGGGGUGGCCAUCGAGCGCAGCAGCAGCCGCCUAAAGGUGGUGGCCCGUCUGGGUCUCGUCUUCAUGUGGAACCAGGACGACAGCCUCCAGCUGGAGCUGGACGCCAAAUACGCCAACCGGACCUGCGGGCUCUGUGGAGACUUCGACGGGGCCCCCGGCCUCGGGGGGCUCCUCUCCCACAACAUCAGCGUGAACCCUGUGGAGUUCGGGAACCUGCAGAAGAUGGACGGCCCCACGGAGCAGUGCUCAGAUCCGGCCCCUGAGCCCCCGAUGAAUUGCUCCUCUGGAUCUGGCGUCUGUGAAGACCUCCUGGGCAGCCGGCCCUUCGCGGGCUGCCACGGCCUGGUGGACACCAGCGGCUACCUGGAGGCCUGCCGGCAUGACCUCUGCACCUGCGAGCAGGCCGACCUCACCAGCUGUGUCUGUGACACCCUGGCCGAGUACGCCCGUCAGUGCGCCCAUGCUGGGGGGCAGCCCCUGGACUGGAGGGGCCCGGACCUCUGCCCCCAGACGUGCCCGCCCGGCAUGCAGCACCGGGAGUGCGGCUCGCCCUGUGCCGACACCUGCUCCAACCCUGAGCGCAGCCGGCUCUGCGAGGACCACUGCGAGGACGGCUGCUUCUGCCCCGAGGGGACCGUGCUGGACGACAUCGGCCAGGCAGGCUGCAUCCCCAUGUCCCAGUGCUCCUGCGUGCACAACGGGGCCACCUAUGCCCCAGGCACUGGCUACUCCACCGACUGCACCAACUGCACCUGCUUCGCCGGCCGCUGGAGCUGCCAGGAGGGGCCGUGCCCAGGCACCUGUGCGGUGGUGGGCGGUGCCCACUUCUCCACGUUUGACCAGAGGCAGUACACAGUGCACGGGGCCUGCAGCUACGUGCUGGCCAAGUCCUGCGAGAGCAGUGCCUUCUCCGUGCUGGCCGAGCUGCGCAGGUGCGGGCUGACCGACAGUGAGACCUGCCUGAAGGCCGUGACGCUCAGCCUGCACGGCGGGGACACGGUCGUCGAGAUCAAGGCCAGCGGGGAGGUGUUCGUGAACCAGAUCUACAGCCAGCUGCCCGUCUCUGCAGCCAACGUCACCCUCUUCCGGCCGUCCACCUUCUUCAUCAUCGCCCACACUGACCUGGGUCUGCAGCUGGAGGUCCAGCUGGUGCCCACCAUGCAGGCGUUCGUGCGGCUGGUGCCCAAGCUCCAGGGACGGACCUGCGGACUCUGCGGGAACUUCAACCAGAACCGGGCCGACGACUUCCGCACGCUCAGCGGCGUGGUGGAGGGCACGGCCGCCGCCUUCGCCAACAGCUGGAAGACGCAGGCCACCUGCCCCGACGUCCGGAACAGCUUCGAGGACCCCUGCGCGCUCAGCGUGGAGAACGGUAAGUAUGCCGAGCGUGGGUGCUCCCGGCUGACCGAUCCCCAGGGCCCCUUCGCACGCUGCCACGCGGUGCUGAGCCCCAGCACCCACUACUCGAACUGCAUGUUCGACACCUGCAACUGCGAGAAGAGCGAGGACUGCAUGUGCGCGGCCCUGUCCUCCUACGUGCGCGCCUGCGCCGCCCUGGGCGUGCUGCUGGACGGCUGGAGGGACGGCGUCUGCACCACGCCCACGACCACCUGCCCCAAGUCGCUGAGCUACCAGUACCACAUCAGCUCCUGCCAGCCCACCUGCCGAGGCCGGGCCCACGAGGACGCAGCCUGCGGGGUCAGCUUUGUCCCUGUGGACGGCUGCACCUGCCCCCAGGGCACCUUCCUGGAUGACUCGGGCGCCUGUGUGCCCCCUGAGGCCUGCCCUUGCUACCACAGGGGCUCUGUGGUCCCCAAUGGGGAGUCGCUGUACCAGAACGGGGCCAUCUGCACUUGCACGCGGGGGACACUGACGUGCAUUGGAGGCCAGGCUCCCGCCCCAGCCUGCGUGGCCCCCAUGGUGUACCUGGACUGCCGCAACGCCACGCCCGGGGCCAGCUGCCGGAGGACCUGCCACACGCUGGACGUGGACUGCUACAGCCUGGAGUGUGAGCCCGGCUGCGUGUGCCCCGAGGGGCUGGUGGCCGACGCAGGCGGCUGCGUGGCGCCAGCGGACUGCCCCUGCAUGCACAACGAGGCCAGCUACAGGCCUGGCCAGGCCGUCCGGGUGGGCUGCAACACCUGCACAUGUCAGGGCGGCCGGUGGCAGUGCACGGACGAGCCCUGCCUGGCCACUUGCGCUGUGUACGGGGACGGCCACUACCUGACCUUCGACGGGCAGCGCUACAGCUUCAGCGGGGACUGCGAGUACACGCUGCUGCAGGACCACUGCGGCGGGAACGGCAGCGCCCAGGAAACCUUCCGCGUCGUCACCGAGAACGUGCCCUGUGGCACCACGGGCGUCACCUGCUCCAAGGCCAUCAAGAUCUUCCUGGGGAGCUACCAGCUGCGGCUGAGCGACGGGAAGGUGGAGGUGACGGAGAGGGCCGCGGGCCAGGCGGCGCCCUACACCCUCCGCCAGAUGGGCGUCUACCUGGUGGUGGACACGCAGGCCGGCUUGGUGCUCCUCUGGGACAAGAAGACCAGCGUCUUCCUCAGACUGAGCCCCGAGUUCAAGGGCAGGGUCUGCGGGCUGUGCGGGAACUUCGACGACAACGCGGCCAACGACUUCACCACGCGCAGCCUGUCCGUGGUGGGCGACGCGCUGGAGUUCGGCAACAGCUGGAAGUUCUCCCCGUCCUGCCCCGACGCCCCGGCCCCCCAGGACGCCUGCAGCGUCCACCCGAACCGCCGCUCCUGGGCGCAGAAGCAGUGCAGCGUCAUCCACGGCCCCGCCUUCGCCGCCUGCCGCGCCCACGUGGAGCCGGCCGGGUACUACGAGGCCUGCGUGAGCGACGCCUGCGCCUGCGACCUGGGCGGCGACUGCGAGUGCUUCUGCACGGCCGUGGCCGCCUACGCCCAGGCCUGCCACGACGUGGGCGUGUGCGUGGCCUGGCGCACCCCCGACAUCUGCCCCUUGUUCUGCGACUACUACAACCCCGAGGACCAGUGCGUGUGGUUCUACCAGCCCUGCGGGACGCCCUGCGUGCGGACCUGCCGGAACCCCAGCGGGCACUGCCUGCAUGACGUGCCCGGACUGGAAGGCUGCUACCCCAAGUGCCCCCCAGAGACCCCCAUCCUUGACGAGGACCAGAUGAAGUGUGUGGCCACGUGCCCCAUGCCCCCGCCCCGCCACUGCCUCGUGCAGGGCAAGCUCUACCAAAUCGGUGCCAGGGUGCCCUCCAAGGAGAACUGCCAGUACUGCAACUGCACCGAGGGAGGCGUGCAGUGUGUCUACGACGCUCAGGCCUGCGUGUGCAUCUACGACGGGCGGUCCUACCCCCCCGGGGAGAUCAUCUACAACACCACGGACGGCACCGGGGGCUGCAUCUCCGCCCGCUGCGGGCACAACGGCACCAUCCACACGGAGGUGUUCCCCUGCGGCUCCUCCACCCCCGUGCCCCCCACCGUCUUCUCCUUCUCCACGACCCCGCUCGCCGUGAGCUCCACGCCCCCGCCUGUCACUCAUCCCGAGAGCACCCCAAGCCCCAGCCCAGCCACCACCGAGCCCUGGCCCUGCGGGGAGGAGUGCCAGUGGUCGCCCUGGCUGGAUGUCAGCCGCCCGGGACGGGGUGCCGACAGCGGCGACUUCGACACGCUGGACAACCUCCGCGCCCACGGGUACCGGCUAUGCCAGGCGCCCAGGGCUGUGCAGUGCCGGGCCGAGGACGCCCCCGAGGUGCCGCUGCAGGUGCUGGGGCAGCGUGUGGUCUGCAGCCCGGCCACGGGGCUGGUCUGCCGCAACAGGGACCAGGCUUCCGGGCUGUGCCACAACUACCAGAUCAGGGUCCAGUGCUGCACCCCCCAGCCCUGCUCCACGCCCCCGGGCCCUUCCAGAACCAGCGCCAGCAGCCCAUCCUCGCCGGUCCCCAGCCCCACCCCCCUCUCCACCACCAGCACGUCCACCCCGGCCACCGUGUCCACGGACACACCGACCCCGACAUCCUGCCUGCAGAAUCGCUGCUCCUGGACCGAGUGGAUCGACGGCAGCUACCCCCAAUCCGACAGAAACGGGGGGGACUUCGACACUUUCCACAACCUGAGGGCCAAGGGCUACAAGUUCUGCCAGAGGCCCAAAGCCGUGGAGUGCAGGGCCGAGAGCUUCCCCGACACCCCGCUGGCCCAGCUGGGGCAGAACCUGCUGUGCAACACGCAGGUGGGGCUGCUGUGCCUGAACAAGGACCAGCUCCCGCCCAUCUGCUACAACUACGAGAUCCGGAUCCAGUGCUGUGAGUGGCACAACCUCCUCUCCCACGACCAGCACAACCUCCUCUCCCACGACCAGCACGACCUCUUCUCCUACGACCAGCACAACCUCUUCUCCCACGACCAGCACAACCUCCUCUCCCACGACCAGCACAACCUCUUCUCCUACGACCACACAACCUCCUCUCCCACGACCAGCACAACCUCUUCUCCCACGACCAGCACAACCUCCUCUCCCACAACCAGCACAACCUCUUCUCCUACAACCAGCACAACCUCUUCUCCCACGACCAGCACAACCUCCUCUCCCACGACCAGCACAACCUCCUCUCCCACGACCAGCACAACCUCUUCUCCCACGACCAGCACAACCUCUUCUCCCACAACCAGCACAACCUCCUCUCCCACCACGACCAGCACCUCUUCUCCCACGACCAGCACAACCUCUUCUCCCACGACCAGCACAACCUCUUCUCCCACGACCAGCACAACCUCCUCUCCCACGACCAGCACAACCUCUUCUCCCAUGACCAGCACAACCUCCUCUCCCACGACCAGCACAACCUCCUCUCCCACGACCAGCACCUCUUCUCCCACGACCAGCACAGUCUCUUCUCCCAUGACCGUGACCUCCAUCCCCACCCCCCUCUCCACCACCAGCACGUCCACCCCGGCCACCGUGUCCACGGACACACCGACCCCGACAUCCUGCCUGCAGAAUCGCUGCUCCUGGACUGAGUGGAUCGACGGCAGCUACCCCCAAUCCGACAGAAACGGGGGGGACUUCGACACUUUCCACAACCUGAGGGCCAAGGGCUACAAGUUCUGCCAGAGGCCCAAAGCCGUGGAGUGCAGGGCCGAGAGCUUCCCUGACACCCCGCUGGCCCAGCUGGGGCAGAACCUGCUGUGCAACACGCAGGUGGGGCUGCUGUGCCUGAACAAGGACCAGCUCCCGCCCAUCUGCUACAACUACGAGAUCCGGAUCCAGUGCUGUGAGUGGGUGAACGUGUGCGGGACCAGCACCACCGCCCCGGCCUCUACUCCCGCAAGCACAACCCACGACCUCUUCUCCCACGACCAGCACCUCUUCUCCCACAACCAGCACAACCUCUUCUCCCACGACCAGCACCUCUUCUCCCACAACCAGCACAACCUCUUCUCCCACGACCAGCACCUCUUCUCCCACAACCAGUACAACCUCUUCUCCCACGACCAGCACAACCUCUUCUCCUACGACCAGCACAACCUCUUCUCCUACGACCAGCACAACCUCUUCUCCUACGACCAGCACAACCUCUUCUCCCACAACCAGCACAACCUCUUCUCCCACGACCAGCACAACCUCCUCUCCCACGACCAGCACAACCUCCUCUCCCACGACCAGCACGACCUCUUCUCCUACGACCAGCACCUCCUCUCCCACGACCAGCACAACCUCUCUUCUCCCACAACCAGCAACCUCUUCUCCCACGACCAGCACCUCUUCUCCCACGACCAGUACAACCUCUUCUCCCACGACCAGCACCUCUUCUCCCACGACCAGCACAACCUCUUCUCCCACGACCAGCACCUCUUCUCCCACGACCAGCACCUCUUCUCCCACGACCAGCACCUCUUCUCCCACGACCAGUACAACCUCUUCUCCCACGACCAGCACCUCUUCUCCCACGACCAGUACAACCUCUUCUCCCACGACCAGCACCUCUUCUCCCACGACCAGUACAACCUCUUCUCCCACGACCAGCACCUCUUCUCCCAUGACCAGCACCUCUUCUCCCACGACCAGUACAACCUCUUCUCCCACGACCAGCACCUCCUCUCCCACGACCAGCACGACCUCUUCUCCCACAACCAGCACCUCUUCUCCCACGACCAGCACCUCUUCUCCCACGACCAGUACAACCUCUUCUCCCACGACCAGCACCUCUUCUCCCACGACCAGCACAACCUCUUCUCCCACGACCAGCACCUCUUCUCCCACGACCAGCACAACCUCUUCUCCCACGACUAGCACAACCUCUUCUCCCACGACCAGCACCUCUUCUCCCACAACCAGUACAACCUCUUCUCCCACGACCAGCACCUCUUCUCCCACGACCAGUACAACCUCUUCUCCCACGACCAGCACCUCUUCUCCCACGACCAGCACAACCUCUUCUCCCACGACCAGCACCUCUUCUCCCACGACCAGCACAACCUCUUCUCCCACGACCAGCACAACCUCUUCUCCCACGACCAGCACCUCUUCUCCCACGACCAGCACAACCUCUUCUCCCACGACCAGCACAACCUCUUCUCCUACGACCAGCACAACCUCUUCUCCCACAACCAGCACAACCUCUUCUCCCACGACCAGCACCUCUUCUCCCACAACCAGCACAACCUCUUCUCCCACGACCAGCACCUCUUCUCCCACAACCAGUACAACCUCUUCUCCCACGACCAGCACAACCUCUGCUCCUACUACAGAGACACACCCCCCGACACACUCGACCACGGACUGCCAGCCCCAGUGGGAGAGAAGAUGUGCCGGAAGGAGUACGUCACACACCUGGAGUGCCGGGCUGAGAACCACCCCGAGGUCAGCAUCGACCAGCUGGGCCAGGUGGUGCAGUGCCGGCCGGACGUGGGCCUGGUGUGCUGGAACCAGGACCAGGAGGGCCCGUUCAAGAUAUGUCUCAACUAUGAGGUCCGCGUGCUAUGCUGUGAGCCCCGGGAAGGCUGCCCGAUGCCCUCCCAUAUUGUUGCAGCUACCAGCACCCCAAGUCACAGCCUCUACUCCCACAACCAGCACAGCCUCUACUCCCACAACCAGCACAGCUUCUACUCCCACAACCAGCACAGCCUCUACUCCCACAACCAGCACAGCCUCUACUCCCACAACCAGCACAGCCUCUACUCCCACAACCAGCACAGCCUCUACUCCCACAACCAGCACUCUCACCCCCACGACCCUGGAUCUGUCAUUUAUGAGAAGACCGACCUCGCUGGCAACUGCUACUACGCGGUGUGCACCCUGGACUGCCACGUGGUCAGGGGCACCGGCUGCCAGACCAGCACGCCCGCCCAGCACGCCAGCACGCCCGCCCACCACACCAGCACGCCCACCCAGCACACCAGCACGCCCGCCCACCACACCAGCACGCCCGCCCCCACGGCCACCACCCCUUCCGUCUGCAAGAUCAUCCCCCCACUACAGGUGGGACACAGCCGGACCCUGGCCAACUGCUCAGUGGUCACGUGCAAGGAAAACAACGUCAUCUCCGUAAGCCCGCUGCACUGCCCGCCGCCCAAGGAGCUGACCUGCGCCAACGGCUACCCGGCCGUGCUGGUGACCGACGCGGGCAGCUGCUGCCCGAAGUACCAGUGCCAGUGCGUGUGCAGCGGCUGGGGCGACCCCCACUACAUCACCUUCGACGGCACCUACUACACCUUCCUGGACAACUGCACCUACGUGCUGGUGCAGCAGAUCGUGCCGGUGUUUGGCCACUUCCGCGUGCUCAUCGACAACUACUUCUGCGACGCGGAGGACGGGCUCUCCUGCCCGCAGUCCAUCACCGUCGAGUACCGCCAGGCCCGCGUGGUGCUCACCCGCAAGCCGGUCCACGGGCUCAUGACCAAUGAGAUCCUCUUCGACAAUGAGGUGGUCAGCUCCGGCUUCCAGAAGGACGGCAUCAUCAUCUCCCAAAUCGGCAUCAAAAUGUACGUGACCAUCCCGGAGCUGGGCGUGCAGGUCAUGUUCAGCGGCCUCAUCUUCUCGGUGGAGGUGCCCUUCAGCAAGUUCGCCAACAACACCGAGGGCCAGUGCGGCACCUGCACCGAUGACCUGAGGGACGAGUGCCGCCUGCCCGGGGGGACUGUGGUCUCCUCCUGCUCAGCCAUGGCUGGCCACUGGAAAGUGAUAGACUCCAACCAGUCGUUCUGCCUCGGGCCACCCCCGACGCCCACCCUGAAGCCCCCCACGCCCUGCCAGCCCUCGCCCCUCUGCAAGCUGAUCCUGAGCGACGUCUUCCAGAAGUGCCACUCCGUGGUCCCCCCGCGGCCCUACUACGAAGGCUGCGUGUUCGACCAGUGCUACAUGGCGCUCGCGGACGUGGUGUGCUCCGGCCUGCAGCUGUACGCCGCGCUCUGCGCCGCCAACGGCGUGUGCGUGGACUGGCGGCCCUGGACCAACCACACGUGCGACUUCCCCUGCCCUGCCGGCAAGGAGUACCAGCCCUGCGGACCGUCCAGCCCCACCUACUGCUAUGGGACUGCCAGCACCAGCCUCAUGAUCCUGGAGGAGGCCGGGGACUUCACAGAGGGCUGCUUCUGCCCCCAGGGCACCAUGCCCUUCAGCGCUCAAGCCGACAUCUGCGUGCCCGCAAACUGUACCGAAUGCCUGGGGCACCAUGGAGAGCCUGUGGAGCCGGGCCAGACCGUCACCGCCGACUGCCAGGAGUGCACCUGCCACGGGCCCACCCGGACGCUGCAGUGCCGCCGGCAGCCCUGCCCGGCGCCCCUCCCCUGCCUCAUCCCUGGCUUCGUGCCUGUGCCCACCGCCCUGCUGCCCGGCCAGUGCUGUCCCGACUACAGCUGCGACUGCAACACCAGCUACUGCCCCCCGCCUGCUAAGUGUCCCCCAGGCUUCCGCCAGGAGCUGACCCACGAGGACGGGGCCUGCUGCCCCAUCGAGACCUGCAGUGAGUGGCCUUCCGGCUGCAACGUCAACGGCACCGUGUACCAGCCUGGCGCCGUGGUCUACCAGAACCUGUGUGAAACCUGCAGAUGUGAGGACAACUUCAUGGUCCGUUGUAAGCUCGUCAAAUGCAACACCACCAGCUGCCCCGUGGGCUUCGAGUACCAGGUGCCGAGUGGCCGCUGCUGCGGGGUCUGCGUGCCGGUGGCUUGCGUCAUAAACGGCAGCGACGGCUCCGUCCACCUCUUGAACCCGGGACAGAGCUGGACCGACCCCGGGAACCCCUGUGAGGUCCACGAGUGCGAGAGGCACCAGGGCAGGCUGGUGGUGGUGACCACGAAGAGGGCCUGUCCGCCCCUCCAGUGCCCCCUGGACGAGGCCCAGCUGAGUGAAGACGGCUGCUGCUACAUCUGCCCCACACCUCCAAGUAAGUGGGGGCCUGGGGCGGCGGUGUCCAGAUGCGCCGUCCUCCGAGAGCAUCAGGUCAUCCGGCGCAACAACUGCAGCUCGGCUGGCCCCGUGCUCCUCUCGCGCUGCCAGGGCUACUGCGAGGACUCCUCCAAGUACUCCCUGGAGGCCAACGUUCUGCAACGCCAGUGCUCGUGCUGCCAGGAGCUGCGCGUCUCGCGGCACAACGUGACCCUGCACUGCGCCGACGGCUCCCGCCAGGCCUUCAGCUACGUGCGGGCGGAGGAGUGCGCCUGCGCCACCCUGCGCUGCGGCCCCCACGGCGAGCUCGAGGCCCAGCCCGCGCUGAGCACGGGGCAGCCCUCCUCCCGGCGCCGCAGGAGCUGGGCGCGGGGCCCUGGGCCCCACCCGUGA